UCAACGCCUGCUUUACCCGGCAGCACUUCUUUUGAAGCCAAUUCCAAAGAUGAUCAAGGAAGUAAAUCUGAAACCAAAAGAAAUUCAUCCUUAAGAAAGAGAACUUUGGAGUGUUACUUUUAUGCUUCUAAAUGUAUCAACUGAAAGAGCUACAGCAGCAAAUGCAUAUGAAAACAACACUGCAACGAGAACUUGUACUAGAUGUGGCAGAAAAGGUAUGGUCAUUUUCUGCAAAAGGCUGAUGAACACCAAAGAGGCUCCUAGCCUUCAAGCACGGGUAACUUCUUUGAUAUCUUUGGUGUACCUAACUUUAUUAAUGAUACAUUAACAACCGUAACGCUGAAAAUUAAUUCCAAGUGUUUGAAAACUUUCCAGUUGGUAGUCUUCCCUUUCAGCGGGCAAGAGACUGAUUGCUGAAAACUCCCUAACCAUCUUUCCUUCAAAGUGCCAACAUUUCGUUUUUGCAUUAUUGUUUAACAUUUGCUGAAUAUGGAUACCACGACGUUAGCUCCACAUGGAUCCGUACAAAAGGAUCUUUCGUCUCACUGGUUGCCGAAGAAUGCCAACAAUUCUUACAAUAUUUCCUCUUUGCAAUGUAGAGAAAUCGAUAUUCCAGAGGAGAUCUUCUUAACACUUGGUCUUCUCAGUUUUUUGGAAAAUAUGCUGGUUAUCAUAGCUAUUAUUAGAAACCGGAAUUUGCAUUCUCCGAUGUAUUAUUUCAUUUGCUGCCUGGCUGUGGCAGAUAUGUUGGUCAGUGUGAGUAAUACAAUAGAAACAAUUGUUAUUAUUCUAAUGGAGAAACAAGCGAUGAUUGUGCAGAACUACACCCUUAAACACAUAGACAAUCUAAUAGAUCUGAUGAUCUGUACCUCAAUGGUAUCGUCACUCUCCUUCUUGGCUGCCAUUGCAGCUGACAGGUACAUCACUAUAUUUUACGCCUUACGAUAUCAUGUCAUUAUGACCACUCGGAAUGCUGCCAUCAUCAUUGUUGGAAUCUGGAUAGUCAGCAGUGUCUCGAGCAUCUUAUUCAUCGUCUACUCGGAGAGUGGUGCGGUCAUUAUCUGCCUCAUUUCCUUCUUCUUUGCGAUGUUGUUGAUCAUGGGUGGCUUGUACUUCCACAUGUUUACUCUUGCUCAAAGUCACACCAAGAAGAUGAUGAUGCAACGGAAGAAGAGAACUGCUCACCAAGCUGCCAACAUGAAAGGAGCCAUCACACUGACAAUAUUGCUGGGACUCUUUCUCAUUUGCUGGAGUCCCUUCUUCCUCCAUCUUCUGCUCAUCAUCAGUUGUCCUAACAACCCCUAUUGUCUGUGCUUCACUUCCCACUUCAACAUGUUCCUGAUUCUCAUCAUUUGCAAUUCGGUCUUUGAUCCCAUCAUCUAUGCAUUAAGAAGCCAGGAACUACGCAAAACCGUAAAGGAAAUUGCUUUCUGCUCUUGGUAGUGGUAAUUUUUGUAAAUUUAGAUUUAAAAAAAAAUCAGUAAUACCAGCCAUCGAUGAGAUAAAUUAACUUCCUCAGGAAUCCUUAACUCUAAAGUUUCCACAAAUGCCUAUUUCCCUACUUCCCCAAGCAGAAUAUUUUCCAAGAUCAGAAAUUCUUCAUCUGUUUUGGUGCUUGCAGAAGAUUGAAAUUAUGUUUUAGUAGAUUAAUGGGAUCAGUGUUCAUCCAACCAGCACUAUCAUAGCCUUUGGUCGGUUAUGAAUAAUUGCAAUAGGAAACACAAGAUAUUUAGGUGAUGAUCAUACAUAUUAUUAUCCAUUAUGCAGUCGAUUAAUUAAAUAUGAAAAAAAUGGCAAGUGCAAUUUAUAGGAGAAAAUAAUCAAGAUAACAAAAAUUGUACUUGCAAUUUAAUUUAUUUUAGGCCUUCAAGUGUCUUUGAGAAACAGAGCAGCAGCAAACAGUUUUAAAUUUACUGCUUAUUUGUCCUCCCCUCGCAAUGAGUUAAAUUUGCAUUCCACUAGUCACCACAAAACACCACAAGUCAGAAGAAAAUAUUUCAAUGACAUGCAAAAUAAAUCGUCUGUGAGUUAUUUAAGUACUCCUGGGAUUAAAUAAAGAACAACAUGUAUGAAUAUUCUCACAGCGCAUUAGGCUAAAUCAGAUUUUUUAAAUCCAAUUCGCUGGUUUAGAAUAUGUGUUUUUCCCGUUACGUUCUCUGACUUAAUUGAUGAGGUGUCCCAGUGUUCCAGUAUACUACGCUAGCAAACCUUGGCUUUUUCCUAACGCAGCUAAACUUCAUUUGUAUUUCACUAAGUAUGCAGUUACUUUGGGUUAUGA